GUUUCUUGCCCUUCCUGGAGCAGAGGAGCCAUUAUGUAUGCAGGUGAAAUAAGAUGAACUGUUACUUCUCUUGAAUCAUGCUUGAUCCAGAUGGAAGCUGUGAAAGUGAAAACAUUAAAGUCUUUGACGGAACCUCCAGCAAUGGGCCUCUGCUAGGGCAAGUCUGCAGUAAAAACGACUAUGUUCCUGUAUUUGAAUCAUCAGCCAGUACAUUGACGUUUCAAAUAGUUACUGACUCGGCAAGAAUUCAACGAACUGUCUUUGUCUUCUACUACUUCUUCUCUCCUAACACCUCUAUUCCAAACUGUGGCGGUUACCUGGAUACCUUGGAAGGAUCCUUCACCAGCCCCAAUUACCCAAAUCCGCAUCCUGAGCUGGCUUAUUGUGUAUGGCACAUACAAGUGGAGAAAGGUUACAAGAUAAAACUAAACUUCAAAGAGAUUUUAUUAUGCCAAUUCUUACCGGGGGUUUUCUGCUCCUACACCCUCCAAUUUAUGCAGAAACAUCAACACUACAUCUUUAACUUGCUCUUCUGACAGGAUGAGAGUUAUUAUAAGCAAAUCUUACCUACAGGCUUUUAACUCUAAUGGGAAUACCUUACAACUAAAAGACCCAACUUGCAGACCAAAAUUAUCAAAUGUUGUGGAAUUUUCUAUCCCUCUUAAUGGAUGUGGUACAAUCAGAAAGGUAGAAGAUCAGUCAAUUACUUACACCAAUAUAAUCACCUUUUCUGCAUCCUCACCUUCUGAAGUGAUCACCCGUCAGAAACAACUCCAGAUUAUUGUGAAGUGUGAAAUGGAACAUAAUUCUACAGUGGGGUUGAUAUACAUAACAGAAGAUGAUGUAAUACAAAAUCAAAAUGCACUGGGCAAAUAUAACACAAGCAUGGCUCUUUUUGAAUCCGAUUCAUUUGAAAAGACUAUACUCGAGUCACCAUAUUACGUGGAUUUGAACCAAACUCUUUUUGUUCAAGUUAGUGUGCACACCUCAGAUCCAAAUUUGGUGGUGUUUCUGGAUACCUGUAGAGCCUCUCCCACCUCUGACCUUGCGUCUCCAACCUAUGACCUAAUCAAGAGUGGAUGUAGUCGAGAUGAGACUUGUAAGGUGUAUCCCUUAUUUGGACACUAUGGGAGAUUCCAGUUUAAUGCUUUUAAAUUCUUGAGAAGUUUGAGCUCCGUGUAUCUGCAAUGUAAAGUUUUGAUAUGUGAUAGCAGUGACCACCAGUCUCGCUGCAGUCAAGGUUGUGUCUCCAGAAGCAAACGAGACAUUUCUCCAUAUAAAUGGAAAACAGAUUCCAUCAUAGGACCCAUUCGUCUGAAAAGGGAUCGAAGUGCAAGUGGUAAUUCAGGAUUUCAGCAUGAAACACAUGCGGAAGAAACUCCAAACCAACCUUUCAACAGUCUGCAUCUGUUUUCAUUCAUGGUUCUAGUUCUGAAUGUAGUGAUUGUAGCCAUAAUCACAGUGAGGCAUUUUGUAAAUCAACGGGCAUACUACAAAUACCAGAAGCUGCAGAACUAUUAACCAACAGGUCCAACCCUAAGUGAGACACGUUCCUCCAGGAUGCCAAAGGAAAUGCUACCUCGUGGCUACAUAUAUUAUGAAUAAAUUAGGAAGGGCCUGAAAGUGACACACAGGCCUGCAUGUCACUGU